GCGUACACAGCCUGCACAGCGGGAGCCCGAGAGCCGGAGAGCAGGAGCCCGAGCCGCAAGAGCAGCAAUAGCAGCAGCGGCAGCGGCAGGGGCAGCACGGGCAGUGCAGGCGCAGACAGAGCCCCCAGCAUACGGACCUUGCUGUCCGGCCGCCGCCGGAGCAGGGACCCUUCGCUAGCUCGGCGCCCGGGCUGAGGAGGAGGACGAGAAGGCAGCUGCUGCUUGCAGGCGGCCCGCAGCGAGUGCCACCCCCCACCCCGCGAGGGCAGCGAGAGGCCGCGCCAUGGUGAAGGUGGCAUUUAACUCGGCUCUGGCCCAGAAGGAGGCCAAGAAGGAGGAGCCCAAGAGCGGCGAGGAGGCGCUCAUCAUCCCUCCGGACGCUGUCAGUGUGGACUGCAAGGAUCCAGAUGAUGUGGUACCAGUUGGCCAGAGAAGAGCCUGGUGUUGGUGCAUGUGUUUUGGACUUGCAUUUAUGCUCGCUGGAGUAAUCCUUGGAGGGGCAUACCUGUACAAAUAUUUUGCAUUUCAGCAGGAUGAUGUCUACUACUGUGGAAUAAGAUACAUCAAAGAUGACUUGGUCCUAAGCGAGCCCUCUGCGAAUGCUCCAGCUGCUCGGUACCAGACAAUUGAGGAAAAUAUUAAGAUCCUUGAGGAAGACAACGUCGAAUUCAUCAGUGUACCAGUCCCAGAGUUUGCUGAUAGCGAUCCUGCCAACAUCGUUCAUGAUUUUCACAAGAAACUUACAGCCUAUCUUGACCUUAACUUGGAUAAAUGCUAUGUGAUUCCUCUGAAUACUUCCAUUGUAAUGCCUCCCAAAAACUUAUUGGAAUUGCUUAUCAACAUCAAGGCUGGAACCUAUUUGCCUCAGUCCUAUCUGAUCCAUGAGCAUAUGAUCAUCACUGACCGCAUUGAAAACGUUGAUCAGUUGGGUUUCUUUAUUUAUCGGCUGUGCCAUGGCAAGGAAACUUACAAAUUGCAGCGCAGAGAAACCAUUAAAGGUAUUCAAAAACGUGAAGCUGACAAUUGCAUCAAGAUCCGACACUUUGAAAACAGUUUUGCUGUGGAGACACGCAUUUGUGCAUGAACAUAAAAUGAAAAACACAAUUCUGGUGAAAAAUUUUAAUACAGCAGUAUAAUCCCAUCCUUUGUAUUUUGUGCAGUGAUUCUUUUAAAAAAUUUUUUUUUCAUGUAAGUAGUAAGCAGGGUUCUGUUGUCUUUUCAUCUCAUAAUACAAUUAAAAGCAGUAAAUUUGAAGAAUCAUUCUUUUCUUUUAUUCCCCCCUAAGUGUGGUUUCUUUUAUAUUUGACUUAGUAAUUGUAUAAAGUCAUAGAUAUUAGUACAUUUCGUGUGACAGGCCUUAAGGAGAAUAAAAUUUCUUUGAGACAUUUGUCAGGAUUUUCAUGUUUUUACUUUGCUGUUUUGAGGGAAGGGUUAUUGAGGGGGACUGGGAAAUCUAACUCUGCAUACGUACCAAGUGAGCUGUAGUAGCCAUUUAUCAUUGUUACUUACCCUGCUGCCUAGUUUGUUACAGCAUUUAAACAUGCAUUUGAAUUUUACUCCAAUUACAAUGUGUAGUAUUUUCGGUGUCAUAUCUAACUCUUUAGGUUCUCAUUUCCAACUUGAUGUUUUAAUAUACUAAGCACCUGCUGUAACAGUGAUUCAGAAAAUGUAAUGGAAUUUAAGUGGUAACGUGUGUUACUAAUUUGUAUAUAACCCAUGUAUGUGCAAUGGAAGGAAUAUAAAUCUUACAAAAUUGUUUGCCUAAA